AUGAUGGCUCCGAACGAAGCUAUUUCAUCCGAAAUUUGUGGUAGGUUUUGGUACUUUUAAAGGAUAUUGUAGUAGGUGUGGGGAGGUAUGGGUUGUGGUUGGGCAGGGUGAUAUUGCUUUUUUUGGGGUGGGGGGGGUUAAAAAUGCUUUUUUUUAUUAUAUUAGUGAAUGGGACACUUUCAGUUUAAAAUUUUUUGCGAAGUUACCCCCUCCUCCUUUGUUCCCUCUUGUCUCCUCUCCCCUCCCCUGUUCUUCCCCUUCUCUCUGUCUCCCCUUACUUCUUCCUUCCCUCAAGCCGUUUUCACCUUCUUUUAACAUGUAAGGCCAAAACUACCCGCCCGACCCCAGCUUUGAGUAGAUCAAUAUUCAAAUCACGUAUAAGUCGAUCACGUUAUCAGAAUUGACGUCAUCGUUCCUCUCACUGAACUUGUUGACUAUAUUUUAUGUUUUUCGAACGUUCAUUUCUCUUUUUUUUCGAUUUAUUUAUUGAUUUUCGCUUCAAAUCGAUAUCAUCAUUGGUGGAAGCUGAGGUUCGGAUACGUUUUGGUCAAUUUAAAUUGAUUUUUGUGAAAAAGUCCGGUUUUUUAAAUUGAUUUUUUUUUGUGAAAAAGUGGGUUUUGAAACCGAUUUUUUUGUGAAAAGUCCGGGUUUGUAAAUAAUUUGAUUUUUUGUGAAAAGGUCAGGGUUCUUAACUUAAUGUUUUGUGAAACAGUCCGGGUUUUGAAAUUGAUUCUUUUUUGUGAAAACGCCUGGGUUUUAAACUUGUAAUCUGCUCACUAUAGCAUUAUGAACUACUAUAAUAUAGAAACAUGCAGUAAUAUCUUGUUUUGUGUAUAUAUUAAUGUAAUUAUGUACAUAUUGAUGUAUACAUGUGUAUAGUAGUGUAUACAUGUACAUAUUAGCAUACAUAUGUAUAUAGUAAUGUAUAUAUAAAUGUAAACCUUUUUAUAUUAGGUUGUUCACUUAAUUCUGCGCCCCUUCUUAAAGCAAAUUGGCUGGGUAAGGGGGCGCAGCAUUAUUGAACAACCUAAUAGCUUACAAUUGUUAGUCUAAUAUAUUAAUAUAACCCCUUUUCCAGCCUCAUCCCUGGCCACAACCACAUUGGCCGAAGAUGAGCCCUCAUCCAAAGGCCGACCACCAAACACACUAGUCGACCCCAAAGCCCAACAACAUCAAACACAGAUGCUACAGGGCGCCUUCAGCAACUUCUUCUCCUACUCCGGCCUGGGCUGCGUCUUCCCCUUCUGGUACCGCAAACCGAACACGGACCGGUUCGCAAUUCAGAAGGACAACUACGAGAUCGCGUUGGAGUGCAUUGAGAUCGACUUCAACAAGAACUACAUCGGCGGUGGCAACCAGAGCUCGGUGUUCCGUGGCAAGUGGAACGGCAAGUACAUCGCGCUGAAGAAGCUGAACCGAGCAUCCGAGGUUGAUAUUGAUAAGCUGAUCAAGUUGGACCAUCCAAAUGUCAUCAAGACCUUGGGUAUCAGUAGUAAGGAGAUAUACCCGUGCAUUAUCAUGGAGUACUGUGAACAAGGAGGUCUGUUCGAUGUGCUGAGAAGAGUUCAUGUAGACAAGACCAUGUUCGUGGACUGGGCGAAAGGAACUGCUGCUGGCAUGCAAUACCUACAUUCGUUAAAGAUUGUCCACAGGGAUUUGAAGUCACCAAAGUAAGGAGGGGGUAUUGGUAGAAUGGUGGGUGGUAGGGUAUGGUAAUGUAUGGUAAGUUAGGAUAGGGUAGUGCAGGGUAGGACAAAGUGGCAUAUGUUAUGGUUGGGUAUGAUAAUGUAGGGUUGGGUAGAGUAGGGUAGGGUAAGGUAGAGUAAAGUAAGGUAGGGCAUGUUAGAAUAAAGUUGGGUAGGGCAAGUAAACGUUUAUAAGGAAGCUUACUGUAGGGUAAAAUAAAACUUUGCAAUACGAGUUAGUUUAGGAUACUGUACACUACCUUAAACGGAGUUCAGGGUAGGCUACAGUAGGGGCGUGUAGAGUAGUUUGCAGUAGGGCAGAGUAGAGUUGGGAACUGUAGGCGGCUAGGAUACUAUAAGUUAGUGUAGGGUAGGGUAGGGUAGGGUAGGGUAGGGUAGGGUAGGGUAGGGUAGGGUAGGGUAGGGUAGGGUAGGGUAGGGUAGGGUAGGGAAGGUUAGGGUAGGGUAUGAUAAGGCAAUGGUAAAGUAGAGCAGAGUAGGUUACGAUACACACUAUUUUGUAAUGAAUUACGGUAGGUACUGUACAUACUAUAACACACCCUUUCAGUAUCCUAGUCGACCAGCACAAUCAAAUCAAGAUCUGUGACUUUGGCUCUCUCUACAGUUGGGACAAGACCUAUAUGCCUUCAGUAGUGAUGUCCGUGUGUGGCACAUCACAGUGGAUGUCACCAGAAAUGAUGAAGAAUGAGCCAUGUAACGAGAAGGUGGACAUCUGGUCAUUUGGAGUCGUUUUAUGGGAGUUGUUGUUCCAAGAAGUCCCUUAUAAGAACAUACCGCCAAUGGCAAUCAUGUUCAAUGUUGGAUCGGAGUAAGGGGUUUGAAGGUUUUAGGGCAUGGGUGGAGGUAAAAUGGCCAAACAUACCUAUAACAAUGCGCCAAAAGUUCUGUUACACGGUUUUCUAACCAAACAUUCAUUUUUUAACAGAACUUUUGGCGCAUCCUGUAUUGUUAUAGGUAUGUAUAAUACGCCUUUCUUAGCUCUACAAGAGAAAAUUAGAUCUUUUAUUAUCUAAGACAAUAUAAUCCUGUCUUUGUUAUUUAAAAUGUAAAAUCAGGCCUUCUCUUGCCUAAAACAAUAUAAUUGUGUCUUUGUUACCUAAACUAUCUAAUAAUGCCUUUUCUAAUCUAAAUUAAUAUAAGUAUAAGCUUUUCUUAGAUUUACAAGAUCAAACCAUUAGAAUUUAACCCCUUUGUUACCUAAAAUCUAAAACCAACCCCCUCCUCACCUAAAACAAUAUAAUUCCAGUCGUCUGAAGCUCCACGUCCCAAGAACCGCUCCAGACUGCUACAAGUUGUUGUUGAAGAUUUGCUUCGCCAAACGACCACGAAAUCGACCGUCCUUCACGUCGAUCCUAAAUCAUCUCGAGAACAUUCGUGUCGAGAUCGAGAAGAUUAACGACGAUGCCUGGCGAAUGAGGAAAGAAGCCUGGAAGAAGGAGCUGAACGAUGAAGCCGACAAACUCAAGGUCACGAGUAAUAAUGCCGAAGCUGAGGCUGUUAAAGGUAGGUUGAUAGUUAGCUUUUUGGAAGGUAAAGGGGUGGGAAUGAAUUUGAAUUGGUAAUAAUAGGUUUUUCAAGCAAUGAUAAGGUAUGAUCACAUAACUUUUGGUUGAAAAAACGUUUAAAAUUUCAUUUUUCUUUAUAAAAUAGGUAAGAAAAUAGGCUUUUAUUGUUAAAGUAGGUAUGAAAGCUGACAUUUUUAUGCAAAGUAGGUAAGAAAGCAGAUUUUUCUUGCAAGAAUAGGUAUGAAAAUUUUUUUUUAUUAUUAAAAUUGGUAAGGAAACCUACUUUUCUUAUUGAAAUGGAUAAAAAUAGAUGUUAAAAUAGUAUUUCCUCUUAAAAAAAGGUAAGAAAACAGAUCUUUCCUUCAAGAAUAGGUAUGAAAAGCGAUUUUUCUUGUUUAACUAGGUAUGAAAAACGAAGUUUCUUAUUGAAAUAGGUAUGAAAACACACUUUUCUUAUUAAAAUAGGUAUGAAAAAAUGAUUUUUCUUAAUAAACUAGGUAUAAAAAUCGACUUUUCAUUUUAAAAUAGGUAUGAAAAUUAAUCUUUCUUAUUAAAAUAGGUAUGAAAAAAAAUUUUUCUUACUAAAAUAGGUAUAUAACCGAUUUUUUGGACAAAAACAAGUUGUAAAAUGGAGUUUUUUUGACAAAAAUAGGUAUGAAAAUAAAUUUCUUCUACCUUAUUUAUCUAAAACAAGCUUUUUCCAACUUUCUUCACCUAAAACAAAAGCUAAAACUCUUCCAUUUUCAGCCGAAAACCUGGUAACGAAGCGAAUGCACGAGCUCCGUCAUGCCCAAGAACUGAACCAGCUCUACAAAUUGAAAAUGAAGCGAGUCGAUAAGCUGAUGGAUGAACUCAUGUACAAUCUACAACACAUCAGAUGCAUGGAACAGGAUCUGGAAGACCGUGAACGACGCGUAGCUCAAGAAGAAGCCCGCUUGAUCAGAUUGAACAAUGGAUAUACAGGUAAGGGUUUUAGUUGAUAUUUUUCUUGGUUUAGAGGCUGGAAUUGAUGUUAUUCAUGACUAAAGGAGAAGUUCUUGAUGGUGUUUAUGGUUUAGAAGCUAAAAGUAAUGUUAUCCAUGGCUAAAGAAGGUGUUUUUGAUGUUAUCCAUGACAAAAGCCAAAAUUUCUGAUGUUAUCCAUGAUAUUCAGCUUCUAAAAGAUCUUUUCUACCUUCUAAAGAACCUGAAUCAUAUUACUCGUGACAUAAAACAUCUAAUAAACGUCUUUUUCAGCAGUAAACUCAUCAAACGGAUGUUAUCCAUCAGCCACAACCUCAUCCAACCUCCCUUCCGGCUGUUUCGGUGGGAUCAAAGUGCCGGAGCUGAAGUCAGUGAAGCUACAGCCAAGAUCGACUGUCAGGACUAGUAUGAAGUCAAAUAAGACUUAUACAGAGUAAGUGUUAAUUAAAAAUGGCAGUUUUGAGAAGAUUUUUGGAGAAAAGUAGGUGUUUUUCUUCUAAAACACUUGAUUUUAAUGAAAACUAUUCAAGAAAGGUCAUUUUUAAUAUUUUUUGACGUUAAUAAAAUUUCUCAGAUUGAAAAAGUUUUAUUUUGGGUAAAAUACGGAUAUUUUUGUUUCUGGAACAAGAGUUUUUUGAGCGCGUCAAAAAGAAUUGGUCGGGUUUUUUAACAAAUCGCUAAAACAAUCGACAGUUCUUUUUGACGCGGCCUUAAAACUUUUGUAAAAACAUAUAAAAUGGGUCAAAAUAUUAAGAGAAAUGGUUUUAAAAAUCGGAAAUAAUCAAAAUCUAUUUAAAAUAGCAAAAACUUUCUUUACAAAGCAUAAAAUGGCAAGAACUUUAUUUGAAAAAUAGGGAACUAUAGUUAUAGUUGAGUUAGUUAACUAGCAUUGUUCGUAUAACUUGUCAUUCGCAGGCUGCAAAUCCUCAAAAAUGCGUUUUAUGGCUUAAAAUGGCAAGAACUUUCUUUCCAAUGCAUAAACUGACAAAAACUUUCUUUACAAAACAUAAGAUGGCAAGGACUUUCUUUACAACCCAAAAAUGGCAAGAACUUUCCUUACAAAUUACAAAAUAGCAAAAACUUUCUUUACAGAACCCAAAACAAUAUUUUCAAGCUAAAUAUGCGAAUUUCAGUGUGUAUCACCAGCCAGGACAGCACGCCAUCCUGACAAUGCAAGUAGACGCCGAAGACGGUGACGAACCCCUAUCUCCGGACGUUCCUCAGUGUGCCUCGUCGUUUCAACCUCAGUAUCCAUCCUCUAAUCACAUUCAUUGCUCAGUCUCGGCCAAUGAUAUGGGCGGCCGACUGAACGACACGGUCUCACAUUCCGUCUCCAGUCUACCGCUAGCGACCACAGAAUCCACGGAAGAGCUAGCCAAAGUCCCACCACGGUCCAGGCACAGCUACGCGUUGGGCGGACAUCAGAAUUCGUUCGAUUCGGAUCCGUCACGCUUUUCAUCACGUCUAUCGUCGGCCAGAAGCAGUGUGAACGCCAUGCAACGGCUGAACGGUCCACAACUUCGCCGUGCCCACGACUGUGAAUGUCAUCGACUGGUCGAUGAAUGUUUGUGCAAUUUCAAGCGGAACACGCCAAUCCGAACUUCUGGAGCAUCGUGUGAUAGUGGAUUCUAUGGCAACGUGCCGGAUGGAUCAAUGAUGUCUAUUAAUGGGAAUCACGGUCAGAAUCUAUCGAUGAAUUGUCAGAAUGCUUCAGGGAUUCAGAAUUCUUUAAUGAAUCAGAAUUCUAGUUUGAAUCUGAAUCCAUCGAUGAAUUGUAAUCAGAAUCUGAAUGUAUCGUUAAAUGGCUUUCAGAAUUCUAAUUUAUCGUCAACUUAUCAUCAGAAUUCUCAAUGCUAUAGCCAGAAUCCUCAUGGUCAAUCUUCACCACAAAGCCAUAAUAAGCACGCUACACAGACUCAGAAUUCACAGCAGCUUCAUAAUCCAAAUCAACUUCAAAAGCAGGACUGCCAUUGCUUAACACCGUGCAACGAUUGUCUUCAAGUUGAUCGUCAUCGUGGUAGCUACACUCCUUCAGGUGAUUACCGUACUUCAAAUGAGUACGGUAGCCCAACUCAAUACCGUAAUCCCGACCAAUAUCGUAACCCCGAUCUAUACCGUAACCAACAAGCACGCUGGUCGGACGGUCUACUUCAUCGACGUUCUUGCCUUCCACCAACGAAUUCAUCGACCAACCUGGCCUCAACUCGCUCCACGGUGAGCACAUCAAAGCGUAGCCGCCGCCACACGGCUUCGGCUUUCGCCCGAGGCUCGCCAGCUCGAGUACCCAACGUGAGGAGAAGGUCGAGCAAGCCAAAGGACGUGAGAAGAUCGACCGGUAAUCUGACGAUGGGCACGGAAGGCCUGAGGAAACAGACGUCUUUGGAAGAGGAACGAUCGGAGAGCUGGAGCACGAUGGAGGCACAGUGCGACGGGACUUCUGGAGUCUUGAGGGAUCGAAGAGGGACUCACAGUGGAACAGUGGAGGCUAGAAGGGAUAAUACGAUGGAUGGUAGAAGUCAGAGUACGAUGAAUAGUGGAAGCCAUGGCACGGUGGAUGGUAGAGCUCAUAGCACGAUUGACGCUAGGAUUCAUGACUCUUCAGAAGGCCGAUGUCACGGUGCAUCAGAAGGCAAACUUCAUGCUACAAACGAUGCGCUACAGAAUGAGGACUGGCUUCACGAUGAACAUCACUGUGCAGAAGGCGCUUCUGAGGCAAAAAUCAAUCCUUCAGACUUCAGAAUUCACUCUUCAGAAUCCAGAAGUCAUCUUUCAGACCCCAGAAUCCAUGAAUACCACCUUCACGGUCCUCAAAACCGAAGCGGAUCAACUCCACAACUUCAGAAGCCGCUACACUACGAACAACGUGCUCAUUCCCUUCACAACAAUAAUCGACCGGUCGAUGAGGACUACUACUACGACGACGAAGUGGAUGGUGACGAUGAAAUGAACAACUUUGACGAUGAAGACGACACCAUCAUGGGCGACGAUGAAGAGUUCAGCGUCCGCAACGGCAUCAACGCCAACUUCCUGAAGCGACCGAUCCGACGACCCAUCGAGGAGGUCAUCAUCGAGAUGGAUUCAUCCAUGAGUUCAUCAACACAAUCCAAAAAGUCGCCCAAGAAGAGUCACGUCAGGAACAACAACAUCAAGAUGGAACAGUCCACCUCAACCAUGGCCUCUUCUCUGGAACGGUCACUGGAGAUGGGCGCUGUGGAUCACGAUGGACUGUCUGAUAGAGAGAAACAGCUAAAAGCUGUGACUAAGAGCUAUCAGAAGCAUCGACGCUGUGCUAGUGUAGGUUUUGAGAUUUUUGUUGGUUUAUUAGGUUGUUCAAAUAAUUAUGAGCUAACUUCAAAACAAAUGCUUUGGGGUUAGAGGGCACAGAAUUAUUUGAACAAUUUAAUAACGUUCUUGUCUUUCUUUCUCUGCCAUCUUCUUACCUUUACAUUGGCUAAAGCAUUAGUAAUAUUCAAUGGCUACUACAAUAAACAAUGUCAAUAUGAUCAUCAGGGCUAUCUGGUGGGAGGGGUGAAAAAUCAUUAUGGAUCUUACCCUUACUAAAAAAAAUUUUUUUUUGAAAAAAGAUGAGCUUGGUCCCUCUGUUGAUUGGAAAAAAAUGUUUUAUGAAAUCGACUGGUCGAUACCAGAAAACAUUUUUCGAUAAAAAAAUGUUGAACUUGGUCCACCCUGUUAAUAUCCAAAAAAAGUUGACGUAAACUUUGUGAAAAAUCUUUGAUAUAUACUUCAUAGAGCACAAAAUAGUGUGUAUGAUAUAUGAAUUAUGAAAUUGUUGGAAUGUGUACAGCUUUUUAUGCUCUUUAAGAUGUAUAUUAUUGUUUCUUGUAAAAAUUUAGGUAACAGUCAAAAAGAAAUGGCAAAAGUCCGCUGGACCUUGAAAAAAUGUGCUUGUUUUGGAAAAAGAACGGGGGUUGGUAAAAGUACUGUAACUUUUUUAUAAAACAAGAUAUAUUUAUGAAUUUUAUAGGAUGUGUAAAGCUUUUUAUGCUCUUUAAGAUGUACAUUGUUGGUUUUUGGAAAAAGUUAGGUAAAAGUCAAAAAUAAAUGGCAAAAAGUCAGUUGGAUUUUGAAAAAAAAAAGAUUGUUUUGAAAAAAGUAAAGGGUGUCGGUAAAAGUACUGUAACUUUUUUAUAAAACAAGAUAUAGUUAUGAAAUUUAUAGGAUGUGUAAAGCUUUUUAUGCUCUUUAAGAUGUAUAUUGUUGAUUUUUGGAAAAAAGUAGGUAACAGCCAAAAAGAAGUGGCAAAGGUUUGUUGGACUUUGAAAAAAGAUUGUUUUAAAAAGUAAAGGGUGUCGGUAAAAGUACUGUAACAUCUUUAAAAAUUAUAAUUUGUGAAAUCUUUUUGGUUUGCUUGAUUACAAUAUAAAUGAGCUACAGGCACACAAAUUUUCAAUUUUUUAACUAAUUUUUUAAAAAGGUUAUGACUAAAAUAAGCUCAUCUCAUAACAGAUCUCCUUGGGGCGGUGGUUGGUACUUUAAUUUCCUCUUUUCUUUGUCUUCUUUCCUUUUCUUUUACCUUCUCUUGAACUAAUACUAUAUAGUACGUCAUUCUAAACCUUGAUUUCCCUUACCAAUUUCUAAUUUUUUCCAAUUUCAGAACCCAGUCUGUGCCAUGGAAGCAGCCAAGUUCAAUCGACUGAACGAAGUUAGCACCGAAAGCGACGAAUCUGGCCGAUGUUAA